AUGUACGUAUUCUCCUUGUUCGCGUUCGUAGUUCUUUUGCCUUCCUUUUUUUUUUCUUCGAUUUGUACUCAUAUACAUGAGUACAACUUUUCUUCUGCUUUUUUUUCUUUUUCCUUUUUGCUAGUUUGGUGCGGGAUGUCGUUCUCCGUUCGCGCUGGCAAUUCUCCAAUGUCACAGAGAAGUUCGGCCUCUCAGGCACACGUGUCACCGAAAAUGAUACCCCAGUCGGCUUUGCGCCCGAUUGCGCCAUCGUUUUCCCUUCAGGCCUCUGAGGACACGCUGAAUAACGGCAACAUCGGCAUUUCGACUAGGAAGAUGGGAACGAAUCCAACACGGUACAAGACAACAAUGUGCCGGAACUGGGAAGCAGGAACUUGUAACUUCAAGGGAUGCACGUUUGCUCACGGUGUUGACGAACUGCGUGCCCCGGUGCGUGUCGAUCAUUACGGAGGUCACAACUCACAUCUGCAUGUUUCUUCCCAGGGAAAGACCCCACCGCAGUAUUCCACAGCAAUGGGCGGACCUUUGGGCUCACCACGGAUUGAGCAAUUGUUGGAGAUGCUGUAUGCCGAAGUGAUCCGGGAACGGGAUCUUGUGGCUGUUCAUGUUGAGGCCAAUCGCACCCUUGAGUCAUUGUUAAAGAAGGAGCAAACACUUCAUGAAGAGACAAAGGCACAACUAGAUGCUGAGAGAUCGAGGGUGAAUGAACUUGCACGAGUGGUGCUCGAAACUAGCGAAGAAAUAAACACCCUUCUUGAGUCCUGCAGAAUUAACGAAAGGCAGCGUAGUCGUGUUGCGAUGCUCUUGAAUAAAAUGGCAUUUGUUGUUCCCGAGUGCGAUGGUACCAGGGAUAAAGAGGAGAGGGAAGGGAAUAGAGUAGUGGAGCUGCUUAAGGCACUGCAACAGUGCCAGAAGCCUGCAGAUGCCUAA